AUGGCUUACCGUCAAAACAGUCUGAAUGACAUUUGGAUGGGUUCCGACUUUAAAGGCCCAUGGGAAAACAAUCAGAAUGCAUUGGGAAAGCCGGAACAGUGGAGAGAAGCGGCCGAGUCGGACGAUGAUGAGAAAUCCUGUCUUCAUCUGCCUCAUUUCAUGGCUGUGGAGCUGGACGAGCCUUGCUAUCGUCACAGAGAGUGAGUUUUGGCGGACAAUUGGAUUGAUUUUGUUCUUUAUUAAGUGAAAAUUGCUUCCAGCUUGAUUACAGGGCCAAAAUUUAUGAUAGAACAGAAUGCCAAGAAUUUCCAGAUUUGGCGAGGAAAUUCAAAUUUGAAUUUUCAAGCCCUUGGAUUUGGUCAAAAACCCCCAAAAAAGGUUUUAUACCUUCAAAAAUCUUUGUUUUGAAAGCAUACACGAUUGCUUUCAGCUAUCCCAGCACCCGCUCUUUCCAUCGCGCUCCUCGAGUUCAAUGCACCGGCGAUCAGCCCUCCUUCUACGAGCCGCAGGCGGUUAAAGCUCCUCCUCCGACGUUGCCGCCGUUUCUGAGCGGCGACGCCCACAAUAUUUGGACCCCGGAGGGACCGUUGAUGACGUCGACGCCAAGAGUUUCGGCAUUUACCCAGUUCCCGGGACAAGACAGCUACAGUAGUUUUGCCGAGUACAGUAGUGCCCAGCGGGCUGAUCGUAACAACUCUUUUUUUGAUGGAUAUGGUGAGUAGGAGCUUCAGAGGUUCUGCGAUAUCCAUCGGGGCGGAAUUUUUAUUUUUGAGGUAUGGCAGGCCGCGCCCAACAUUUUUUUUUGUAAAUGGCAGGCUGCGCACUAGUAUUGAUAUAUUUUGAGUUGUAGUUGAAUUUUAUUUGUUUUUUGAGACAAUAUAUACCUUGAUAAAGUCAUUUCUUGUUCUGUUUCUUACGAAAUUGACAAUUUUAGCGUUGGCGAGCUGCGUCCUGACUUCACUGUACUAAUUGUGACCUUGUGACCUCUGGGCGUAUGAAGAUUUUUGUGUGGAUUUUAGGCAUAUAAGAAGCCCAAAAAACACGAAAUAGAGAAAAAAUAAUAUUUUUUUGUCCGCAAGCUGCGCCCUAGGCUUUUUCUGGAUUGUUAUUUUUGUCAAAUUUUCUCAAAGUUUCUGUUCAGGAACCUUCCAACAAUCCUCUCAACGCGAUUUCAACCCCAUCCCCGGCCCUCGCUAUGCCCCAUACCUGAUGCCAUCCAACCCGACAUCCAACAUGAACACCUCCAACACCAUCGAGCCGAGCCCGGCGAAUCGCCGUAAAAUGGUGUACAUUGAGAAGUUUGGAGGGUUUGGCGGCAAUUGCGGAGAGUUUACGGAGCCAUCGGGUGUUUGUGUCAACCCCAGAACCAACGAUAUUGUCAUUGCCGACACGAAUAAUCAUCGUGUUCAGGUGAGGAAAAGUAGUCGGAAAAUGGUUCGUAUUUUAGAUAUUCGAUCAGCAUGGCAAUUUCAAGUUUAUGUUUGGAAAGUGCGGCAGAUGGGAUGGGCAGUUUAUGUAUCCGAACAGGUGAGAAAUUUGAUUUUUUUGCCGGGUUUUGGCAUUCUGCAACAGACAGUUUUGGCAAUGAAAAUUGAUUUCUGAGCUUAUGGGGGUUUUCGGAAUUCAUAUUUUGGUCUAUUUUAGCUUGUCGCAGCGCUUGAAAAUUCAAACUUAAUUUUUCCCGCCAAAAUUUUCAAUUCCUUGGCAUUAUGUUUUAGCGGCCAUAAGAGGCUUUUUUUUUGCCUAGUACUCUGCCAUAGACGUUUUUGACGCUCAAGAAUUCUACUCACGUUUCAAAAAUUAAAAUUUUGAGUUUCCCGCCAAAAUUUUAAAUUCUUUGGCAUUCUGUUUCAGCUGCCAAAAGAGGCUUGUUUUUUGCCUAGUACUCUGUCAUAGACGUUGUUGACCCUCAAGCAUCCUGGUUAGAAUAAUAUUAACGUUUAAAAAAUUCUAAUCCCCCCCCCCCCCCCCAAAAGCCUGUAAAUGAAGAAAAAGCGCAUUUUCAGAGUCGCCAUUGACCCCAUAACCGAGUCCUACGUGAUCAGCGAGCGUGCGCCCACCCAUCAGAUUCAGAUCUACGACUCGCACGGUCGAUUCCUCCGCCGCUUCGGCUUUGACCUCCUCUGCAAUCCGCGCGGUCUGUGCGUGGACCGCGAAAGUCGAGUGGUGGUGGUGGAGUGCAAAGUGAUGCGAAUUGUGAUCUAUGACAUCCAUGGCCGGCUGUUGAACCUGAUUAAUUGCGGGAAUUACCUGAAUUUUCCGAACAAUGUCUGUGUCAGUGUGGACCACGAAAUUUUUAUCAGCGAUAAUGGAGAUCAUUGUGUGAAGGUGAGUUGGGUAUAUCAAAGGAGUAUUGGGCAAUAAGAUUUGAAUUUCAAUUUUUCCGCCAAAAGUGUUGAAAUUUUGGCAUUCUGUUGCAACUAUUUUUUUAGGUUAAAAACGCGGUAAAUUACUUUUCAAAAUAUUUUUUAGGUUUUCAACUACUCUGGGACUUUUCUCCGUCGCAUCGGCGGCCCAGGUUUGACCAAUUAUCCCAUUGCGGUCGCCAUAAACCGCCAAAAUCAGGUCGUCGUGGUCGACAACCACAACAAUUUCAACGUUACCGUCUUCUCCUUGGAUGGCGAGUUGCUGGAGGCGUUUGAGAGCAAGGUGAAGCACGCCCAAUGCCUGGAUGCCGCGUUGACGGGAGAUAAUGCGGUUAUAAUGUGCUCGAAGGACUUUCGGGCCUAUGUUUAUCGUUAUGGCCAGAGUUUGAUGACAGAAAAGUUGGGGAACUGUCUUGUUUGUGGUGCAAAGAAUGGCUGUGGACAUCAGGUAUGUUUUUAAGUGCUUUGUAGAGUUUAGGAGACUAAGCAGGGCGCAGCUCGAGGAUUGAAAUUUCCCGGAUUUGGUAAUAAAACGUAGGGCGCGGGUUGGCAGGAAGUGGUAAAUUGUAAAGAAGGUGUUAAAAAGCAAGAAUAUUUUGUUUUCUACCUAUUGAUAUGUAUAUUUGGCGGUUCAAGGCCAACUUUGAAUAAAAGCCUGGCGCAGCUCGCGUUUUGAAAUCCUUGCGGUACGAUGCUGAAUUUUGUGUUAUUUAGCUUUGUUGUUUCACAGGCAAUAUACACGUACCUUUUCAUCUACCUGUACUUUUUAUUUUCCAUCAAGUCAGGGCGCAGCUCGCCAAAAAUGAUAUUUAAAGAAGCGACGGAAAAGUGAUGAUGGUUUCUCUGUGUCGCAAAGAAUUUAUACCUACCAUUUUCAGCCAAUCCAACCCGGUCCCGGCCCCAACGAGAUGAGCAAUUUGACGCAAGCCAUGUAUAACAUGAACAUGCAACCGGAACCGAAGAACAUCCAAAGAUUGGAGAUCAAAGCCACCGCCGAAGAAGAAUCGGAAAAACUGCGCCGUUUUUUUAUUGAAAUCACCAUCCCCGAGAACUGA